GAUGCGGUAGGCGGCGAGCCCCGGGAGCCCGCAGCAGCAUGGCCCCGUCGGUGCAGCUGGCGCCUGGCUCGCUGGCGCUGGUGCUGUGCAGGCUGGAGGCGCAGGAGGCGGCGGGGGGCGCGGAGGAGCCGGGGGGGCGCGCGGUGUUCCGCGCCUUCCGCCGGGCCAAUACGCGCUGUUUCUGGAACUCGCGGCUGGCGCGCGCCGCCUCGCGGCUGGCCUUUCUGGGCUGGCUCCGGCGCGGGGUGCUGCUGGUGCACGCACCCCCGGCUUGUCUGCAGGUGCUGCGCGAAGCCUGGUGCCGUCGGGCGCUGCGCCCCCCGCGCGGCUUCCGCAUCAGUGCGGUGGGUGAUGUCUUUCCAGUGCAAAUGAAUCCGAUCACUCAAUCUCAGUUUAUUCCUUUGGCUGAAGUUCUUUGCUGUGCUAUAUCUGAUAUGAAUGCUGCUCAGAUUGUAGUAACACAGGAAUCACUAUUGGAACAUUUGAUGAAACAUUACCCAGGGAUUGCAAUUCCAUCUCAAGAUAUUCUUUAUACCACUCUGGGAACUCUGAUUAAAGAAAGAAAGAUUUACCACACUGGAGAAGGAUACUUCAUAGUUACGCCUCAAACGUACUUCAUCACAAAUACAACUACCCAAGAAAAUAAGAGAGUCCUGGCAGAUGAGAGCCACCCAGGGCCCACUUCCAUUACGUAUCUGGUGAGCGUGGAGAGCGGAGCAGAGUUAGCCCAGGAGAAUGCUUCUCCCAUUUCCCAUUGCCAGUCUUGCCAGUGUUUCCCUGAUGUUUGUACUCAGCAUGGGCUGGAAUCACCAGCUGCUGCAGAAGUGACUCGAAAGGGCCAGAAAGGACUCGGGGAACCCAAGUGUUUGGUGCAGAAUCGAGCAGUUUCAGCGUCUGAGGAGAAUCAUAUCCGUGAGACCACAAAACCUUUACCAUGUACAAAAGAUAGAGAAAAAGGCAAGCGAUUUGGCUUUAACCUCUUCUGGCGCAGCAUAUCCAGAAAGGAGAAGUCAAGAACAGAGCACAGCACUUUCUCUGCCCAGUUCCCGCCCGAAGAAUGGCCUGUUCGAGAUGAAGAUAACUUGGACAACAUACCUCGAGACAUUGAACAUGAGAUAAUCAAACGAAUUAAUCCCGUUCUGACUGUUGACAACUUAAUCAAACACACGGUCCUAAUGCAAAAAUAUGAAGAACAGAAAAAAUAUAAUAGUCAAGGCACAUCCACUGAUAUGCUGACAGUCAGACAUAAAUAUCCUUCGAAAGAGGGAGUCAAGAAAAAACAGGGCAGGUCUGCAAAACUUCGAAGGCGGGGCCAUCCUCGUAGGGAUAGACACAAAUCCAGGAGUCAAGGAAGCGAGCCUGGAAGCAUAAGACUAGAGAAACACCCCAAGCCUCCUGCUACACAAUCCAGCUCGAGAAUUAAAAGCACAAAUGAAGCAGUUCAGAAACCACUUGGUGAGAAUUCAGUGCUAGCUUCCCAUUUGGUUUACAAAAAGCGAAUCAGCAAUCCUUUCCAGGGUAUGUCUCCCCGAAGGAACCCAAUAACCAAAGGUCACAAACUCCAGAAGACUAGUGACCUGAAACCCUAUCAGAUGGGACCAAAGGGAAAACCUUUCCAAAGAUUAAGGUGUUUGAAGUCUUCAGGAAUGUUUGAAAGUGAAGCCAAACAGCCAUAUGCUGAACAAUGUAAUGAGAAAAUGAAAGUAGAACCCACUUAUAUGGAUAACUCUACUAUCAAACCUAACAGUGAUGACUUUAAAGAUCACCUCUUAAAUUACCCCCAAGGUAGUGUUUUGCAAAAUGAUAGUAAAUGCUCUUCCUUUAAGGAAAGCAUGUUAGGCUAUAAUGGGUAUAGUGGAGAAAAUGAGGUAGGCCCCGAAAUUUUGAGAAAAUGUUAUACUCAAUUUGUCACUUUAGAGGAGAUGAAAGAAAUACAACAUAUCGUGCCAAUGCGAGGUUCCUCCUCUUUAGACCAAACACCCGCUGCUUGUGAGUUAGUGGAUAAAACAACACACCAGUUUCAAAAGCUUGGUCUUUUGGAUUACCCAGUUGGUGCAAAUCAUGUGAGACAACCCAAGAGACAAGACAGAGACUCAGAGGAAUUAAUAGCAAAGGCAAUUGUCCCUGACACAGAGGCGGUGAGUCUAGAAAAUGAAAGAAUUUCUGAGGAUGACCAGACCUUGUAUCAGAAUGAAGUGGAAGAUGAUGAUGGUGCCUGCAGUUCAUUAUAUCUUGAUGAGGAUGACUUUUCUGAGAAUGACGACUUACGUCAAAUGCAGCCUGGGCCCAUUCAGUAUUUGUGUAGAGGCGGAAGUAAGUGGAAUCAUUUAGGAAAACAGAUGACCCAAGGAUCUCUGACCGAACACAGUAGCAAUAUACAUAGUUUCGAGCCUCAGGUCCUUAAAGGAAAUGAAUGUUACUUACCCACUGGGCUGUGCUCUAACACCAGUGAAAGCCAAAAACCUAGUCUCUCCACUGAAAUCUGUGAUAUCAAUUCAGGGACCCAGUCCAGUUUUGAUUAUGAGGAGGCAUCCAGUGUUGCUCAAUGUGUACUAGCCUCAGCCCCCGCUGAUAGAAGUAUGUUUGAUUACUAUAGCACAAGAAAAGCUAAUUCUGGGGCUGAACCCCUACAAGACUCUGUUGGUGACACAGGAAAGAAAGCAGCUAACUGGAGUCAGGGUCCUCUGAAUCAGGAAAUGAGAACACAAGUCACACAAAAGUUAGAACUUUUUGAAACUUCACAUAUGCAGGUGUUGGCUCAGGAUAUCCAACAGGAACACUGCCAUGUGGAAGGAACAGAAAAUCAUAGCAUGGCGGGAGAUAGUGGAAUAGAUUCUCCACGGACACAGAGUCUGGCAUCUAACAAUUCAGUCAUUUUGGAUGGACUAAAAAGAAGACAGAAUUUUCUGCAGAACUUUGAAGGCACAAAUAGCAAUCAAACACUUGCACCCAAUUCCUUACUACAACUAACUCCAGUUAUAAAUGUUUAGUUCUUAUUUUUCUUUUGAACACAUUUGUAAAAAUGUAUAGCAUCAAUACUGUUUUUAAUUAACUGAGUAUGUAAGAACUCUCUAAA